CCACUUUGGAGGAAGCGCAAACACCGCACAGCAGCACACAGGGCUUGUUCAUCUCCUUUUGCUCCACAUAUCGCCCACGCUUCCACCCCUUCCCCUGUCUCCAUCAACCACAACAAGACUGGUCCACCAUGUCCCUGACUUCCACAGAUGCUGCCCGCUGCCACGCGGAGGCUGUUGUCCGUGAUUACAUCGCACAGCCACGCCUUGCAUACCGCACCGUGACGGCCGUCAACGGUCCUCUGGUUGUGCUGGACAAUGUCAAGUUCCCCAAGUUCUCCGAGAUUGUCAACCUUCGCCUGUCCGAUGGCACCAUCCGCAGCGGCCAGGUGCUUGAGGUGUCUGGCAAGCGCGCCGUCGUGCAGGUGUUUGAGGGCACAUCAGGCAUUGAUGCCAAGAACACUGUGUGUGAGUUCUCUGGCGACAUUCUCCGCACCCCCGUCUCCGAGGACAUGCUUGGUCGCGUCUUCGAUGGCAGCGGCAAGGCCAUCGACAACGGUCCACGUGUGCUUGCUGAGGACUUCCUUGACAUUGAGGGUCAGCCCAUCAACCCGUACACGCGCCUGUACCCCAAGGAGAUGAUUCAGACCGGUAUCUCCGCCAUUGACGUCAUGAACAGUAUUGCGCGCGGGCAGAAGAUUCCCAUCUUCUCUGCCGCUGGUCUCCCCCACAACGACAUUGCAGCGCAGAUUUGCCGCCAGGCCGGUCUUGUCAAGCAGAACACGGGCAAGAGCGUGAUGGACAACCACGAGGACAACUUUGCCAUUGUGUUUGCGGCCAUGGGAGUCAACAUGGAGACAGCCCGCUUCUUCAAGCAGGACUUUGAGGAGAACGGGUCCAUGGAGAGGGUGUCGCUGUUCCUGAACUUGGCCAACGACCCGACGAUUGAGCGCAUCAUCACGCCCCGCCUUGCCCUGACCACCGCGGAGUACCUUGCCUACCAGUGCGAGAAGCACGUCCUUGUCAUCCUGACGGACAUGAGCUCCUACGCCGAAGCCCUUCGUGAGGUCUCUGCCGCUCGCGAGGAGGUCCCAGGCCGCCGCGGUUUCCCCGGUUACAUGUACACCGAUCUUGCGACCAUCUACGAGCGCGCGGGCCGUGUUGAGGGCCGCAACGGCUCCAUCACACAGAUUCCCAUCCUCACCAUGCCAAACGACGACAUUACACAUCCCAUCCCUGAUUUGACGGGCUACAUCACGGAGGGCCAGAUCUACGUCGACCGCCAGCUGCACAACCGCCAGAUUUCCCCGCCCAUCAACGUCCUCCCCUCCCUCUCCCGUCUCAUGAAGAGCGCCAUCGGCGAGGGCAUGACGCGUAAGGACCACGGCGACGUUAGCAACCAGCUGUAUGCGUGCUAUGCGAUUGGCAAGGAUGUGCAGGCAAUGAAGGCUGUUGUUGGCGAGGAGGCGCUCACCUCCGAGGAUCUCCUCUACCUCGAGUUUCUCGAGAAGUUUGAGCGGCACUUUAUCAGCCAGGGUCCGUAUGAGAACCGGACGGUGUUCCAGUCGCUGGAGAAGGGCUGGGAGCUCCUGCGCCUCUUCCCCAAGGAGAUGCUCAAGCGCAUCGGGCCAAAGACGCUGGAUGCGUUUUACACGCGCGAGGCGGCGCAGCGGACGAUGGCUGACCUGCAGGCCAAGGCCGAGGAGGCCGCAAUGAGGGCCCAGGCCGAGCGCGACGAAACAAAGACAUCAUCAGACUAGACGCAUCGCCUGCAGCCAGGCCCCACCAUCCUCCAAAGAACGCCAACAGCUUACAUCUACUUCAUGGCACACGCCUGCCGCUUGUGCUCUCAUCAGUUCACAUUCCUUCUCUCUCUCUCUCACACACACUGGCUCGUGCCGCCAUUCAACCCCCCUCUACACCCACACCACCACCCCCGCCCAACACACCAUCCACCCACUCUCUUGUUCGCUGCUGUUGCUAUCCACAACAAGUCUUCUGUGUACACGGUUCUCUUCGUUUCAGAUCGCUGUUGGUUUGUUGUGUAUGUGUGUGUGUGUGUGUAUCCAUUGAAGACAACCAAGCAA